AGGAGGAGGCAUUGUAGUGAGUUAUUGCGCUUCAGAGCAGCAGCACCGCUUCUGAGGAUGCGGUGACAGCAGCAGUAACACUUCUCGGAAAAAGAAAACAGCCUCUCUGUCCAACAGUGUUAUUUGGAUUCCCGUGAACUGCUGAUCUGAACGUUGAACAUCUCAUUUCCUUUGACGAAUGCGCCCCCAUUGUCAGCCUGCUGGGGGCCUAAAAGUGGAGCUGCACCCGGCUUUUAUGAAUGGGAUGCUCGGUUCCCAUGCUGACUGGAAUUGAGGUGCAUCAACAUUCAUUCCAAGGUCUCUAACAAGGAUUGUACUGAAGAUUUGGGAGCUCUUUUUGUAGCCUGACCACAUCGCUCUACUACCUCUUUGUGCAAGCAACAACAACAAACUCCUAAUCAGCCACCAUGCCAAUCCUAAAACAACUAGUGUCUGGCUCCUCACAGACCAAGCGUCGCUCACGCAUGGACCUGACCAGGGAGAUGAUCAGUGCUCCUCUGGGUGACUUCCGCCACACCAUGCAUGUAGGCCGCAGUGGUGAUGCCUUCGGUGACACCUCCUUCCUCAGCACCCGCUCAGGAGAACCUCCCUCUGAGACCACAUCCUUCCCUCGCUCUCCCCGACCUGGCCUCCUGUCUCGCACUUUCAGGAGCAGCAAGCGCUCCCAGUCUGUGACCAGAGUGGACCAGCAGAGAGACAACUCCCUGAUGGUCCCUGGAGAGUCACCUACCUACGUGAAGAAUGCCAUGUCCCUGCCCUUCCUUAAUGAUGAAGACCGAGGGGAUGAUCUGGUGGCAAAGAGUCUGUCCUCCAGUCCUUUAAAGCAGCACGGGGAGGUAGAUGGGAGAGGUGCGGCUGCAGCUGCUCACUUCCUGGAGCUAGAAGAACGGAGCUUUGGUGAGCUGACUGAGCUUCCAGAGAGCUCCCGCCACUUCGGAGGUGGAAUGAAGCACGCCGAGUCAGUUAUGUCCUUCCACGUCGACCUUGGACCCUCCAUGCUGGGUGAAAUCCUGGGGGUUAUGGAGAAGGAGGAUGACGAUCUUGGCUAUGAGGAAGGCAAGAGCAGUGAGGGCCGUGCCUCACCACCCCUCAGCACCCACGGAGAGGAAGAGGAUGACAUGGAGAGGAGACAGGAUGAGAAUACAGAGGAGCAGGUGGUGGCGGAGGAAAUCGCAGAAGAAUUGCAGCAGCAGCAGGCCUCUUUGCAUCAAGCCAGCUCUGUAGAUCUGGAGCCUGAGCAUGGAGGACCCUACACCCCAGAGUACACCCCAGAGACAAGGCCAAAGCACUUGCAGCAUCUAGACAGCUGCUCUGUGUCCAGCUCUGGCUCUGCUGCCCUGGAUGAGAAACCAAACAGCCAGACAUAUGCAGGAGAUACAGACAGCGCCACCUUCAGUGCCCCGCCUGAGGAGGAAAGCAACUUCUCCUCUUUCUUGGAGGAUGAAGAUGAUGAGAUUCGCGUAUGAGAUUCUAAAGCCUUUAAAAAAAAAAUAGGACAGAGCUCUGGAAGGCGUUUAUUUGAAACUUGCAAGUCCUUUGACAAGUGUGGAUUUGCACUUGAACCAAAAUAAGACACUGUAGUCGGAUACUGUGGGGAUGGGAUUGUGAAGAAGACUAACUUCUGUAGGUCUGCAAAAAAAAAAAAAAAAAAGAAGGAUUGACUGCUACCUUAAGAUGAGCCAAGACUCCCUCUAUCAGAGAUCCUUACCCUCCACUUUCUGUUUGUCUAUCAAUCCGUAUCUCCCUUUGAACAUUGAAGGAACUGACAUGGAAGAGCAGCCACUUUUUGAAUAUGGAACAUUCCAGAAGUAAGCGGGGAAGCAGCAAGGACUGGUUAGAAAGGAACUUUUGUAGGAAAAACACUUUCCAUAACUAAGGCUCAGUUCCAGCUUUCUCUCUCUCCUCUCUCACUUGACGUGUCACAUGUGCUUUUUUCAUCUAGUUCGCCUCUCUUCUUGCUGCGCUUUCUCUCUCUCUGGCUGUGGGACAUUAUAAGGCCUGAGCUGAACAGAAGGCCCCUGUCACCACAGGAUCACUGGUGGGUAUCUUGUCACAAUAAAGGGGGCUGUGUUUGUCACUGGAGUGUGAAGCCCUGCCUUGAGCCUCUUUCAUCUGAAAAUAUUAUAGUAAAGUGCCAUAGAUCUGUCAUAGUUCCCCUCCUUAUGUAACUCAGGGUCCUUGUGACACUGUUCAAAGGCUGCCGUUUCCUGUUGUAAAGCUGGACCACAAAGCCAAAACCAAAAUUCUCUUUUGUUUUGUUUUUAAUUACUGUGAGCGCCACACAGGCUUAGACUCAGUGUCAAUUAGAGAAAAGCAGGGAAGUAAAGCAAAUGGAGAUACAUUAGCCUGCAUUAACUAUAAAGCAUGGUGUUACUACAGGAAACCAGAAGUGUGAAAAGAAAAGUAGUGUGUGGCACACCGGAGAGGGAUUACAACACUGUUUGUUGCCCUCUUCCUCCAAUGAACUUUUUUUUUUCAUCCUGAAGCCAUAAUGUUCAUGAUUUUACAAAUGUCCGUGAACUGACAUGAAUUGGCUAUCUUUCUUUUACUAAUCUGUCCUUUCAAGUAGAAACUGAAAAGAGAUGAUAACCACUUCCUUCCUUCCUUCCUUGUUUUUUGCACAUCUGAGCAACUGCAGUGGUGCAACUGAACUGUGUAAAAGAUGCUGAUCCUUAUUAGUCCAGGGUCAAGCCUUAUGUACAAAACAGUUUCCACCACUACGUAUGAGGAAGGUUUUAGGUUAUGUAUUGUUAAGUCAGUGCACCAGCAGGCACGAUUAAACCAGACACUACUAGUAUUUGGUGUUUAAUACCUGUUGUUUUUAUUUUCUUUGAAAAAUCUUCUCUAUUUGUGUUAUGUCUGUUUUGAAGAGUCGGUGGAAAAAGAAGACACAGGCAGCAAUAGAUGCAAGAGCAUUAAGAAAAUAUUACUAUUUUUAUGCAAGUUGCAUAGUCAUUGCAGCUUGAAUGUAUCUCUUGCAUCAUUAAAAACUGUGGACAGAAAGUAUUGAGGCUCAGUUGUGCUGAUUGAUUUCACUGCCUUAACUGAAGCUGACAGAUGUGCCAAAUCAUAAUUAUCUAGCCAAAAAUAAUUUGGUUGUGAAACUCACUCUUGGGAGAGCAUGUCAAAUCUGUCUGUCACUUCCUUCUGUGUGGUGGUAAUCAAUGUUGAACUUCAGUUAAGAAUUUCAGCUUGCAGGUUAAAAAAAAUAAAGAAAUAAAUAGGGUUGUAAGACCUAAUAUCAUGCAGGAAAAAUAAUGAAUUUGCAUAACUGGACAUUUAUGUUGCCAAUAACUCAAACACUACAUAAUAUAUUCAGGUAAUUUCCACAGUUUUGUGCGAAUGGGAACUUGUCUGUGUUGCCCUUUUUGUACAAUGUUUAUGUAUAUUAUGCCUUAUUGUUGUCUUCUUUACAGCUUCUUUCUGUACUAUCCAAAAUAACCUAUAUUUUUCAAUAAAAGAAAUCCUGAACAUCUUUA